AAUCAGAGAGCCUACUGUUUCAGCCAAUAAGAAAUGUGACCGAAGAGUCAAGUUGCAGGCUGGCUCACACAUGCAAUUGUCUGCAACUUCCUUUGAUAACAGAGGCUGUGAUCCGUAAAUCACGGACAGCUUUUAUGUGUCUUUAGAGUGGCGCUGUGGUCCAUUGUGUCUUUUAGAGUCUAAAGCUGUGUCUUUACAGCGUGCAGUGGAGCCCGGCAUAUUGCAAAGGCGGACAAAUUUGAAAGUCGACUUGCAAAUUUCAUUCCCUCUGAUAGCUGCUGAAGUUGAACCCUUCCUUCCUUGUCUCAUCGCAGAAAGCAUCCCCCCAUCACCAUUGCAGAACACUUUCAUCCUACUUCCAAUCCCAAGUGAGAAAAAAUGGCUGAUGCUGCUGUUAGUGCUACUAUUCAGGUUGCAUUGCAGACGGUUGUUUCCCUAGCCGCUGAUCAUGUUAAUCUGGCUCGUGAAUUCCCAGAGGAACUGGUGAGACUCGACAAAUCUGCUGCAAUGAUCCGAGGCUUCUUGGCUGGUGCCGACGAGGACAAGCAUAGCCCAGUGGUGCAAAAUUGGCUCAAGCAGCUGGAAGAAGAGGUUUUCAAAGCCGACAAUGUGCUGGACGAGCUCAACUAUGAAAAUCUUCGUCGGAAGGUGAAGUAUCAAAAUCAACUCACGAAAAAGAAGGUACUGUUCUUCUUUUCAUUCUUUAAUAAAAUUGGUUUUCGUUGGAGGUUGGGUUCAAUGAUCAGGGAGAUCAACACGAACCUUCAAAGGAUCCAUCGGGAUGCAGAAGGUUUGGGACUGGCCUACAAGCACCAAGUUGAAGAAGCAUUCGCUACUGUUGCUGCUGGAGCCACAACAAGCCGACAGACCGACUCUACUAUUGGGAUGGGAGGAGGAUUUUGGAGGAGAGGAGGCGAAACACCUUCAGCUGUUAAAUGGGAGGACAGGAUCAUAGAGAUUCGUGAAGGUUCUUGGUCCUACGUUUGUAGUUCGAUCGGCAAAGCCCCUGUGCAGAGAAAGUUGUAGGCACUGCAACACCUCAAGAACCACCUGAGGAGUGGCAAGCUUCAUGGAACAUCUCAACAGGAAAUGAACUAUUAAUACGU